GCUCUCGCCGAAUCGGGUGAGGCACGGGGACAGGGGGGCUACGGACGCUGCUGGGCUUGACGUGUUCGGGGUUUCUGCAAACUUGAACCGCUCUCUCUCUGCACGAAAGCUGUGUGCGAGCCCAGUUUAGUUGCAAACUUUGCCAACGCCACCGCCACGAGAAAAUCGCGCGCGCCAGGUAUAUCGGGAAAAAGGACGUAGAUCCGUGCAGCAGCAGCAGCAGUUAAGUGUGUGCUGAUUUUCCUUCUUUUUUUUUGCUAUAAUUUUUACCGCGCGAUACCCGUUUUGUGUGCGGCCGCCGGGAACCGGAUUUCGGUGCAGUGUGGAGGAGUGAGGCAAAGAUAGACAGGUAGUGAUAGCCCACGGAUAGAGGGAUCCAUCCUGGAGGCAGAACGGAGAGUGGGAAAGUCAACAACAAUAAAGGAAAACUAGUUCAACAAUAAGACUGCUUAAAAACGGGGAUUUCGUCGUGUUUUCCCCGAGAAGAAAACGCUGCUGCUCCUGCUACUACUACUACUGCUUGGUGGAAGCCGCAAGCCGUCGGUGGUGAAGAGGGAGACUUCUGAAAUGUAGUACCGGUAGUUCCCUUCGCCUACGCAAUCGUCUGAUAUGCACCACCGGUCAGCGGUGCACAUCCGAGACGACGAACCACAUCCGGCCGGGCCCGUAGAUCUGCGGUCUCGCAUGGAUUCAUCGCCGGUGUCGUACAAGUUGAGACAGUCCGACCGAAGUGUUAUGCGAGGAGACUCUGCCGUAGUCUCCGUUUCGACCGUCAGCAGCAGUACCAGCAGCCGAAGUUCCGAGCAUCAACGAAGCAGUCAACAUCAUCAUCAUCAACAUCAUUCUCAGCAGCAGCAGCAGCAUCACAAUCAAAACCACCACCAGCAGCAUCAACAUCAUCAACAGCAGCACCAUCAAACGCCGCAGUUCCGUCAAACAAGCCACAGCAGAAAGCUGAGCCCCGGCGGAAGUGACGGAGCAGUAAGUUCUUCGACGACCACCAACAGGACAACAGUGGGAACUGAACCAGCAGCAGCAGCAGUCAAUUUGAACCGAGCGGCCACUCUGCUACGGCACGGAACCGCUCCAUCGUCGACGUCUUCCGGUGCUUCAGUGGCAAGCUCUUUUCCUGCCGGAUUGAAAGAAUCCAGCAAGUGUCCCACUCCAGGCUGUGUGGGCUUAGGACACGUUACCGGACUUUACUCUCACCACAGAAGUCUAUCUGGAUGCCCAAGAAGAGACAAAGUUUCCUCUGAGUUACUUGCCCUCCACGAGACCAUCCUUAAAUGCCCAACGCCCGGGUGUAACGGUCGGGGUCACGUCAGCGCCGGUCGCAACUCACAUCGUAGUUUAUCCGGCUGCCCGAAAGCAGCCGCCAGUAAGGCCGCUGGUCGUGAAAUCAAGUACCAGAAUGGAUUGCUAUUCCGACAGAAGCUGCACUCGGCAGUGCUAAACUAUCAACAGCUGAACGAAUACAGAUCAUCGUUUAUCGGUCAAACCCGGCAGAGCCGCAGUUUGUCGCCUCCGGACAACAAUCGACGACCGGAAACGUACUCACCUGUGGAGCAGAACACGACUGACGAACCACAGAACUUGAAAACCGCAGAAAAACGCCGGGAAAAAUCUUUCCACGAGCGAACCGCCGACGACGACCCAUCAUCACCGUUGACGGGUAAAACGUCGAAGGAACACACCGAAGCACCGAAGUUGGUGGUAAUCAAAACGGAAAAACCUGAUCCCGAUCCCAGUGAGCCAUCGGCAAACGAUAACAUGCUUGACAGUAGUAUGGGUUAUGACCGCCAGGCGGAUUACCGCUACAGUCACCAGCAACAUCAACAGUAUACGAACAGCCACGUCGGUAGCUCCGCCGUUGGCUAUGACUUCGGAGGUUACGCAAGCCGACCGUACGGAGAUGCGGGUGCAUUCGAACGGUACGAUCCACGGUACGGACCGACGGCGUGCGGUCCGGUCGAACCGUCAACCCUGAUGCCGGACUACGGUUCACCACCGGCGGUGGGGUUUCCACAGGCGCAAGGUCAACCAUCGACGAAUAUUGGCCUUGCGGUGGAACCUACGGUUACGGCACCGGUACUGAAACUGGAACCGGACGAGAACAACAGUUCGGCUGGGCCGAUAUGUCCAAGACCGCUGUAUCAUCCGAACAGCAACAACAACAACAACAACAACAAUACCAGUGGUACGGCACUGAAAAUGCAACCAACUCAACCACCGGGACCACCGGUGGGUUCGAGAUUUUCAGCAAUCAAUUUGAGUGUCAAAACCAUUCCGGAUACGAAGGAUAUUUUCACGGGCAGUAGAUCACCGCAGUCCGGCGAACGUGCUCCGGUAAUGGAUUUAUCUAAUGGCAACGUAACGUCCACCGGAAGUCGACAGACUUCCCGUUCCCAGGAAGAACGAUCCGCCAUCGCAUCGAAGAUCGCCAGUCCCCAGAGGCAGACGCUGGAUUUGAGCGUUAGUCGAUUACCGAACAGCACCGUCAGUCCUCAAAACAACCAGCGAAAUACGAACGGAUCUCCGGUUCCGAAAUCGCCCCAAAACGAACCGAUGGACUUCAGUGGACCAACCCGGCAGGCACUGGGUUUCAGUUUUAUGGCACCACCCUCGGUAAAUAUGGCCUACAGUCGGGAUUCCACCCCGGACAGUGCUUCGUCCCACUACAUCUCCGAUGGAUAUCGAGAUCAUAGUGGCUAUCCAAGUCCCCACCCAGCAGCGGCCGGCUAUGGAAUGACAUCCAUGGAGUAUGCGGCCAAUUCCGGUUACCCGGGAUACGGUCCACCGGGACCGUAUCAGAGUUGCACUCCCUACGGAGCACCGUCGGCACCACCGCCUCCUCCCAGUCACCAUCUCUAUUCGUCGGGUGGGGCCUACGGUACCACCGGGCACUACUCGAUGCCACCACCGAGCCAUAUUCCGUCCCAGGAUCGUCUGCUAAGCGAUGGGUUGACGGGCUUCGGUAGGGCAUUCCAACAUGUCAAUUCACAGGAACUGAAAUGUCCCACCGCCGGUUGUGACGGAUCGGGACAUGCCACCGGAAACUAUUCGUCCCACCGCAGUCUGUCCGGGUGUCCACGAGCGACCAAGCCGAAGAAUAAACCGAGGGACGGUUCGGAGGCGGAACCGUUGCGGUGUCCAAUUCCAGGUUGCGAUGGAUCCGGUCAUUCCACGGGAAAAUUCCUUUCGCAUCGCAGUGCAUCCGGUUGUCCCAUCGCCAGCCGAAAUCGAAUGAGGAUUAUCGACAGCGGAGGACCCAACAUGGGAGGAAUAAAGUUCAGUAGCGAUUCAGGAUACUCAACCGAUGGUUGUGAAGCAUCGAAAAAGAUUCGAUUUUCCGAUGAUGGUGCGGACAGAAUUGGAAAGAAUUACGACGGAAUCGAUGAGAUCGUUUCUACCAACGAGUCCAGGGGCAGUGAAGCCAGUAAUAAUUCCGCGACGGAUCCCGACAACUACGGCCAUCGUGAUACGUUUCAAAACGAUCGCAAAGCGGCAGUCGGCGGAGAUCAAACGGUACCCUCUUCAGGAUCUGCAGAACCAUCCGGUGAGGAUUUGCUUUCACUGGAAGCGGAAAUUUCUGAACUUCAACGAGAAAAUGCUCGUGUCGAAUCUCAAAUGCUACGACUCAAAACCGACAUCAACGCCAUCGAAACGCAGCUGGGUCACGUCGAUCGGAAAACUUCGACACCAACAGGCUGCAGCAACAGCGACGCCAACGGCGGAUACGCAUACAGCAAUCUUCGCAACGACGCCGUUCCGAUGAUGAAAGAAACUUCCGAAGCAAACCUGUGCAACACUCCGCGACAACCAGAACCGGAAUCGUCAGCGAAAGUGAUUAAUGAUUCACGUAGCAUGAAAAUGCACAUUCAAAAUACAAACAAUAACAACAACAACAAUGACAUUUGUGAAAACCAAAACAGUGGUCAGUACUAUUCCAAACUGGAACCGUCGGUGCAGCAGCAGUAUUACGGUUCCACGGAGCAGCACACUUACCACGACGUCCUACCGCACCACUACGGUCUCGGUCCGCAGGAUCCGGGCGCCGUCGAUCGUUCCUCGCGCUAUUACGAGUACGGGCCGGCUGCUUUGGCUACGGCACCCAUUUGAACACACACACACAUUCAUGUAUAACGAGCUACCGGUCCCAGCUGGAUGGGACUUUUACAAUCUCUGCUUCCUAAUGAUUAUUAUACUUAUUUGAUGAGUCUAACAAACCAAGAAAAAAAAACAAACAAAAAAAAAGAAAACACCCACUCUCACAUAUCAGUAGAGGACUAUUUUUAUCUUUCGAUUUUCGUAAUUGAAUAGGGUCAGCUAAUAAGUUUACACUUUCACAUAGUAUCGAUUGCAUACUACCCGACACUAUUUCUGUACAUUUUGCGACAUUAUUUCUCCGGAAAACUGAAGAAAAAUAUAGAAAUCGUAG